AUGGCUUACUCAUACUUAUCCUCAUCCACCUAUGGUAAAGACAAUGUCAAAUUUUUAAAAGUCAAAAAGGACAAACAAAAUCCAAAAAAACAAGAAGUUAUGGAAGCAACGGUUAAAGUUUUGUUAAAAGGUGGUUUUGAAGUUUCUUACACCGAAGCCGACAACAGUGUUAUUGUCCCAACUGAUACAGUUAAAAACACCAUUUUGAUCCAUGCUCGUAAAUAUGACACUUUCCCAAUUGAAAAAUUUGCUGCCGAAUUGGCAUUGCACUUCACUAGCAAAUACUCUCAUGUCACUGGUUGUACUAUUACUAUUACCCAAGAUCGUUGGAUCAAGUACGACGUUAAUGGAAAAGAAAGUUUGCAUUCAUUUAUCCAUGAGGGUCCAGAAAAGAAAAUAUGUCAUUUAGACUAUGAUCAAGCUAGCGGCUCUUCUAGUUACAAGUUGUUGACUAGUAUUAAAGAUUUGACUGUUUUGAAAUCUACAAACUCUAUGUUUUACGGCUACAAUGUUUGUGAAUACACCACUUUGAAACCAACUAAAGACCGUAUUUUAAGUACUGAUAUUUUUGCCACAUGGGAAUGGAGCUCUCAAAAGUUGGGAUCUUUAGAGUCAAUCAGAGAUGGUUGCAAGGACGACAUUUUUAACAACACCUACUACCAAGCAAGAGAUAUUACUUUGGAUAUUUUUGCCAAGGAAAAUUCUGCUUCAGUUCAAGCCACCAUGUAUAAUAUGGCUACUGCCAUUUUGAAAGUUGCUCCACAAGUUGAUUUUGUUUCUUACGAAUUGCCAAAUAAACAUUAUUUCUUGUUUGAUUUUAAAUGGUACAAGGGCUUAGAUAAUGAAAACGAAUUGUUUUACCCAUCCCCACAUCCAAACGGUUUGAUUAAAUGUAAGGUUGGCCGUAACAGUUCUAAAUUGUGA